AUGCCUACGAAAAGAAAAGCUACAGCGGCCCAGAAGAGCAACACGGUGGCAGGAGGAAGGACUGAACAGGAGCCACCGGCAGAUAUAGAAGAGGGUCUUCCACUAGAACGGGAGAUUGGGUUUACUAUUGAUGUGUUGCCAGAUACUAAGCUUAUAUCCAUUCCUCCCUAUCGAAUGGCCCCUGCCGAGUUAAAGGAGUUGAAGGCGCAAUUGAAAGAUCUGCUUGAAAAAGGCUUUAUUAGGCCUAGUUCAUCGCCAUAUGGAGCGGCGGUGUUGUUUGUAAGGAAGAAAGAUGGUUCCUUGCGUAUGUGUGUUGACUACAAACAAUUGAACAAGAUUAAUAUUGCACUAAUAAGGCUCAGAAAAAGGUCAACAAAGGUAAAUGGGUCAAAAAACACUAUAACGAUCGAACAAGUCAUUACAAUCUCUAUUCCACCCUAUUGGAUGGCUCCGCCAGAGUUGGGAGAGUUGAAGGAGCAGUUGCAAGACUUGUUGAACAAAGGAUUCGUUAGACCCAGUAUUUCUCCUUGGGGUGCUCCCGUUCUAUUCGUGAAGAAGAUAGAUAGUACCAUGCGGAUGUGUAUUGAUUAUCGAUAA